UUGGAGAGGAUCUGGCUCCCGAAUUAGGGUAAUUUCCCCUUGUCCUCAAACCCCAUUUACCAAUCCUCUAGGCCCCUCCCCAUCUUAACCAGCCUUAUCUCCUUUGGCCUUAUCUUCUCGCUUUGGGCCUGACGCAUGCGCUCCUGGGUUUUCUUGCCGCGGUCCUCGCUUGCAUCUUGAGCCCCGCGCCUCUUCCGGUUUUGGCCCCGCCCCCAGCCGUGGGGCUCCGCCUCCCGUCAGCGGGGCCCCGCCUCCUGAAGCAGUUCCGGUUUGGUUUAAGAGCAGUUGCCCGAUCCGGAGACCAGGGCAGGAGCAAUGCCUGCGCGCAGCCGCCACCGCUCUCGCCUCCACUCCGGGUCCCCUCCCCGGGCUCCGCCCCCGCCGCUCGGGGCGCUGCACUCCGGCGAGGCUCGGAGGGCCCCGGACUCCGACGGCGGCUCGGACGCCGACUCGGAGGUGGGUCGGGGCAGCCCGACUCGGACCACAGAGACAGUUGAGGAGGAAAUGGCUGGUCCUAAUCAACUCUGCAUUCGCCGCUGGACAACCAAGCAUGUGGCUGUUUGGCUGAAGGAUGAAGGCUUCUUUGAAUAUGUGGACAUAUUAUGCAAUAAGCACCGACUUGAUGGAAUCACAUUGCUAACAUUGACUGAAUAUGAUCUCCGGUCUCCUCCUCUGGAAAUCAAAGUCUUAGGGGACAUUAAAAGAUUAAUGCUUUCCGUCCGGAAAUUGCAGAAAAUACAUAUUGAUGUUUUAGAAGAGAUGGGAUACAACAGUGACAGUCCUAUGAGUUCCAUGACCCCUUUCAUCAGUGCUCUUCAGAGUGCAGAGUGGCUCUGUAAUGGGGAGCCUUCACAUGACUGUGAUGGACCCAUCAUUGAUUUGAAUUCUGAUCAGUACCAAUACAUGAAUGGUAAAAACAAACAUUCUGUUCGAAGAUUGGACCCAGAGUACUGGAAGACCAUAUUGAGUUGUAUAUAUGUUUUUAUAGUAUUCGGAUUUACAUCUUUCAUUAUGGUUAUAGUCCAUGAGCGAGUGCCUGACAUGCAGACCUACCCACCACUCCCAGAUAUUUUCUUAGAUAGCGUUCCUAGAAUCCCAUGGGCCUUUGCUAUGACAGAAGUAUGUGGCAUGAUUCUGUGCUAUAUUUGGAUCCUGGUUCUUCUUCUUCACAAACACAGGUCAAUACUUCUGCGAAGGCUCUGUAGUCUGAUGGGCACUGUAUUCUUGCUUCGCUGCUUUACCAUGUUUGUGACCUCCCUCUCCGUGCCAGGACAGCACCUGCAGUGUACUGGAAAGAUAUAUGGCAGUGUAUGGGAGAAACUACACCGGGCCUUUGCCAUUUGGAGUGGCUUUGGUAUGACCCUAACCGGUGUUCACACUUGUGGAGAUUACAUGUUCAGUGGCCACACAGUCGUCCUAACUAUGCUGAACUUCUUUGUCACUGAGUAUACACCAAGAAGCUGGAAUUUCUUGCACACUUUGUCCUGGGUUCUCAACCUCUUUGGAAUCUUCUUCAUUUUGGCUGCCCAUGAACACUAUUCCAUUGAUGUGUUUAUUGCCUUUUAUAUCACAACAAGACUCUUUUUGUACUACCAUACUCUAGCUAAUACCAGAGCAUAUCAGCAGAGUAGGAGAGCAAGAAUUUGGUUUCCCAUGUUUUCUUUUUUUGAGUGUAAUGUUAAUGGUACAGUACCUAAUGAAUAUUGUUGGCCGUUUUCAAAGCCAGCAAUAAUGAAAAGACUAAUUGGAUGAAGACUAUCUAUGUUAUGGGUUUGUGAUUAAAUAUACAGUAGUUCUUGAAAGUGAGUAACUUUGCUUUCUCCCCCUAGGUUGUUCCUGGAUGCCUUGCUUUUUUUUGCUUUUAUGUUGACAAAGUAAAGUUUCCUGUUCUGAGCAAGGCUGUGAUUAUAAAAAGCAUGAAGGAACAAUUAAGAGUCUUUACAUAUCUGUUUGAAUGGAAAGCUUAAGUAGAUGUUUUUUGCCUUUUCUCUUUAGGCAGAAGUAAUGUGAUUGAAGUCAAAGUGUUGCCCUUACCUGUUGAGUAUUUGCAUUUUGAACUUAAGCAAAUCAACUUAAGCAAUUUGCUGGUUGAAAGAUUUUAUUUUUUUAAGUUCAAGUUGGAUUCUAGUCAAGAAAUAAUAUUUUUUGAAGUUUCUUAUUAUUUUCCAAGGAAAAUCCCCUACCAAAUGAACAGUACUUGUUCUCUGAAUUAAUUUCUGUGUCUUUUUAAAAAUGCAACUCUGGAAAGUAAUCGGUUUUACUGACAUAAUUUUUGCCUUUAAGGAAAGUAUAUUGAACAUACCGGGAUGCCUGAAACAAGAAGAGAAAGGGGCCAUACAUGAGAUGACAGAAUACAGUAUAAUACAGGCAUUUUUCACCAAAGAUGCUAUGAAAGAUGCAGUUCCUGUUUUGUUCUGAGGGUUCAGUAUGACCAUAAACGCAUGAGGAAAAAUAGCUGCAUCCAUAAAAAUGGAAUUGGCUGAAUUUUAGUGAUGCAGGUACCUGGAAUAACUUUGUGUUAUAGCAGUUAGUAAGAUGGCAGUCCAGUUUUAUGCUUUUUAAUGAUGUUAUUUAAUGAGCAAAACAGUGGAUUGUUUACCAGACAUUAGAUAAAGUUCUUAUGUCCUUGAGUAUGGAGAUAUGCAUGCAAAAAAUAUUUUUUCUCUUUCUGAAAAGAAAUUUAUAACAGGUUGUGAGCAUAGUAUAACUUUUUGGGCUUUGAAAUUUCUCAUUCUUGGCCACAGACAUAUUUGGAUAUGAAAGGUUUUAUUGUUUUUUUUAUAUUUUAAAUACAAUUGUGUAUAUACAUUCUUUCUAUUUAGUCUUAAUUUGGCAAUUAGGAAGAGAUAUAACUUAGUUGCUAUUUACAACACUAGAAAUUUAGUACCUUAUAUAAUUUGACCUCAAAUAACAUCUGUCACUUCACUUUUAAUGAUUUUAUAGAGUAGUUAUGACAGUAGGAUGGUUGUGAGAUUGGAAUUUGAACCCCAACUGAUGAGCUUAGCCACUUAGAAUAUUAAUUGUGUAGUUUUUACAUUCCAUUUUAAAACAAGGAGUUAGAAAAGGUGCUGGCAUAUUGAGGUCUAAAAUUAGGCUACUUAGCAGGAGCCUGGUUCUUAUUGGUUGAAAUGUUUUAUUUUUGCACUUUGAGUUAUAUUCCCACCUUGUAUAAGCUACAGAGGAUCCUAAAUGGAUUGUAUAAGCUACAGAGGAUCCUAAAUGGAUUGGGCGGGAAAGGAAUAUUAAGUGAACAAGUUUUAGCCAGUGCUGCAUGAUCCCAGUUUGAGUCUGCUCUGAACAUUAUUUUUUAUUCUCACUUGAGAAAUGGCACAAGGCAAUUUAUUUUAUUAUGCUUUUAAAUCCCAUACAAGAGAGUCUUAUAAUAUCUUAAACUGUUGAUUCUAUUACAUGCUAGGGACAAAAAUGCCAAUACUUCAUCUAAGGAAAUUGCAUAAUUAUGAAGGGUGAAGGAUGCGUCCUUUUCCAGUCAGGGGAAUUUGACCCUUCAUGUCAAAAGAUGUAGUGUCAUUUUUUCUUUAGCUUUGGAGGGACUGAUGUUGGCUUUGGAAAAAAUCUGUGGCAACCUUAAGUCAAGAAUGUUAAGCAGCUACUUAAUGGUAAAUUUUCUACCAUCAGUCUUAUUUCCUUCAUAGGGAUUCUAUUCUAGAACAAAAUAGAAAGAAUAAAUUGCAACUAAUUUGCAGAGCUCUAGACAUUGAGAGUGCCUAACAGCAGACGGCAGUAAGGAUUGUAAAAUAACUUUAGACCUUGUGUUUAUCAAAUCUGUUUUGAGGAAAAGGUAAGCUAGACUUAUAAUUUAUUUCUAUAAUUAUUACAAGGCAAUGUUUACAUAAAUCAGUCAUCUCCAGUUCUCUUUCUUGGAAAACUUUGAGACAAAAUUCUUUUCCGUGUUGUUUUCCUCUUAAUAUGAAACCUAUAUUUUUGUCACUUUUGUUUGUCGAAAAAUUUCCAGAUUUUUGUCUUUUUUUUUUUUUCUCUUGGUAAAAUCUAAACUAUAGUUGAGGUGGUAUUUACAUUUACAUGUUAGUUGUGAAUGUGGCUAGGUAGAGAAGCUACAAGCUUUAGAUCUACAUAUUUUUUGACCUUGUACUAGGUUCUUCAGUUUUAGACUAGUGAGAGGUUUACAUCAUUAAACACUUGAGACCUCAGUGUAGAAGGAACCAAGAAAGUUUUGGUUUGGGGUGCAAACUGGAGGUAUAUGCAAAGUCUUUGAUGCAUUUUCUAUGUUCCUGGGACAGCAUGAUCUACCUUUCUUUUUUUAAAAGUCUAUACUGGGCAGUGUUACUGAAAAGGUAAUUGAAGUUCAUAGGGAGUAGGAUAUUUUGAAGAAGGCAAGUUUACUGUUAUCACCAAAUAAUUUGGGAGGAACCUUUGUUGCUAUGCUGCAGAACUCUCAAUAUGCCUAUCCUCUCCAUAGUUCUCUGUGGCCAGAAUUGCUAGGGUAAGAAAAACACUUUCAUAUGCUGGGCCGGUUUAUUAGUAGUACCCUUUUAAACCAGAAAGCAUUGAGUUUAGCCUUAGAACCAGUCAGGUGAUAAAUGUGAACUGCUCACAUGAAAGAAGCCAUUGACUAAGAGCCCUGUUGGUAGUGUAACUAACACGGCAAGUGGCAUUCUUCUCUACCCUGUACCUGUCUGGUUGUUGUUAGAAUUCCAAAAUCCUGUAAUUUGUAAAUGGAGAGCAGAGGAGCCAAAUGCUUUAAUAGCUGAUAGGAAACAGUCUGUUUUAGGAACAUCUGUUUGGAAAGUGUUUAUGUAUUCAAAGUCAUAUUCAUAACACUAACCUGCGUCGACUGGAUUCAGCAAAAGGCAGUUUCAUCAUUAGUUGCAGAGUAAACUUUUUUUUAAGGAUUCUAAUUCCAACAUGCUUGGGGAAAUUAACUAUAUUCUUGUUUUAAACACUCUGAUCUAAUAAAUUUAAUUCUUUGAUAGUCUUUUUGUAGACUUAAGUUAUCCCUUGCCAAAGGUAAUUGUAGUAAUAGUUCUUUAAGGUAUUCAGGCAUUUGAGACAUGAAAGCUCUCUUUUAGAACACUUCAAUAGCGUUCUGAAACAGUGUUUGUUUCAUUUAGAUAGCUGCAAGGCUAACAAGGAAUGCCAGUUUUAAUGCCAUCUUUCCUUGGCAGUUAAGACAGCUUGCAGUUGUACACAGGUUAGCCCAGAUUUCCCCUGUACUUCUAUAGAGGAGAAUUGUUGGUAACAUCAAGGUCAGGCUGCUACAGGUGACCAAUGAAAAAGGAAAGAGGUUGAGAUUCUUUUCCCCCUCUCUGUCUUUCAGACUUUGAAUGGCUGACAUUACUAUGGAAAUUGGUUUUGGUCCCCUUCUUGCCUACCCCUCACCCCCAGCAAAUGCCGCUAAUUUCAAGUAACUAAAACAUGGCCGUUACUUUGCAUCAAGUUCAAUAUCAGUGAAAUUUAUAAGCCAUAAUUCAGCUACCAAAAAAGUUGAUUGUUAGAGUAUGUUCCACCCUAAAUUAACCAAAGGACUUUUUUAUUCCGUGUACUCCAUGUUUAAGCAUAUGGAGAGAGAAGGAGGACUCUGUUAAUUUCAUUGUUAUUUCAGGUCUGUUUCAAGCUGAACUACUGAGUUGUCUGAACAUAACCAAGCAAUGUUAUCAGUAAUGUCAUUUUAAAAAUGCUUAAUUUUAAUAAUUUUUUAUUCAGAGAAUCUAUGGAUUGUUAGGACAAUUAAAGUAUUUCUAAUGUGAAAAAAAGGAAGUAGAAACUGGUACAUAAUGGGGGGAACAAAAUUAGCUUGAAUUGAAGUUAGCAUGUUUUGUUUCAAGAAUUCUACCUAAAUGUCACCCUAUCCACAGAGAAACUAGUAUUACUUGAAGAUGUGAAAGUUCCUGUGGUAGCCAUACCUUGAAGCACAGUAUUGUAUAUAAGUAAAUAUCUUGAUUCUAAAUUAAAUCCAGAUAUAACUAAUAUAUAUUAUUUUAUAUCUUUGUUCUAUUAAAAAGUUUUAAAACACUAAAAAUAAAACAUUUGAAAGUUGGA